GAACGGGUCUGAGGCUUGCGAAGGGUGUUUGGGGCGCGGGGGAAGGGGGGUCCCGUGUCGCCCCUCUCCUAACCCUAACCUGGUGUAGGUGUGCGUCAAGUGUUGCAGCUCCCUGCCUGGCUGGAGCAUCUGUCCUCGGCUUUGAUUUCAGCACCAAAGGCAGCUUUUAAGGAACUGAGAACAAUCAUUUUCCAUGUAAUGGCAGAAGUUCUGCUGCAAUUAUUUGGUAAACAAUGAAGGUUCUGUUGCUGAAGGAUCCCAAAGACAAAGAGUCGGGACCAGAUCCCUAUAUUCAAGCGUUAGGAUUGUACAGAUUUGAAGCCACUUUGAUUCCAGUUUUGUCAUUUGAAUUCAUAUCUCUUGAAAGCUUAUUUGAAAAGCUUUCUCAUCCAGAAUGCUAUGGAGGCCUAAUUUUUACUAGUCCAAGAGCAUUAGAGGCCAUCAAGAUAUGUUUAAAAGAGAAGAAUAAAAAUGAAGCCUGGUCAAAAUCCCUUAAACAAAAGUGGGAUACCAAACCAGUGUAUGUGGUAGGAAAAGCAACAGCUUCUUUAGUGGAAGAAAUCGGCCUUACUCCACAGGGAGAAAAGUCUGGAAAUGCUGAGAAAUUAGCUGAAUAUAUUUGCUCAAGAGAGAAAUCCAGUUCCUCAGCUCUCCUUUUUCCUUGCGGAGCCCUGAAAAGAGAAGUGCUUCCUACAGUACUUAGAGAAAAAGGUAUAACUCUGGAAAGCCUUACUGUUUAUCAAACAACCCAGCAUGCUCAUCUGCAGGAGUCUUUGAGCAGUUAUUUCUCACAACAGGGAAUUCCAGCAAGUAUUGUGUUCUUCAGUCCAUCCGGUGUCAGAUUUUGCCUCCAGCACAUUCAGAAGCUUUUAGGAGAUUAUAUCAAUCAUAUCAAGUUUGCUGCCAUCGGUCCAACGACAGCCGAAGCCAUGGAAGCAGCAGGAAUCCCUGUGAGCUGCACUGCAGAGAGCCCCACUCCCCAGGACCUUGCCACUGGAAUCCAGAAAGCCCUUCACUUACACAACUGCUCUGGACCUGAAUGAGCACAGUGUGACUUUGAAGGUGAAUUCAGUGCUGUAGAAGGUUUGUUUGCAGACCUGUUGCUCUGCAAGGAGGUGUUCUUCAGGGAUAUGCAACACUGUCCUCAUCUGGUGUGAGAAGCUGGCACCUAAACGUAGAAGAAAUCUAGGAUUUGUCCAGCAUCCCUUAAAGUAUCAGUUACUCCCCUUCUCUCAUGUGUGCAGUGUAAAUACUUCAUGUGGUUAUUCCUUGAAAGCUCAGUGUGAGAGGCUGAUUUGCCUCAGAGCUCAGUGAGAUAAGUUCAGUGUAUGACCUCAGGUAGCACCUACACACCAGGUAAGGCUUUCAUGUGUCUGUAGAAUCAGUUCUACACCCAUCCUGCUCUUUUAUAGAUGAAAACCAUACACACAAUAAGGUGGUUCCUGUUGUAAAGCUUACUUGUUCAUUGGUCUGCUUUUCAGAUGUUGAUAUUAAAAUGAUGAUUGUAGAUACUCAGUGGAAUAGGACCAUUCUUAGGGUGAAGCUGCACCAUGUGGAGCUAAAAGCAGGUCAGCUAUUACCAUUCCCUAUCCCUCCAGUACAGAGUCCUAUAAAUGAGGUUUUGGUUUCUAUUCCUGUAAAGGAGGAGGAUUUAUUAAAGGCAAAAUAAACUGACUUAUCAUAGUUAAUAA